GACUGGCCAGCAUAACAGAGGAUCCCUGCCCUGUGCCGUACGCCCUCUUCCCCGAACGCUGUCCGCGUCCCUCCGCAGACAGAACCCCGGCACGCCGAGCAGCGGCCUAUGGAAAUGGGAAAUAGGAUCAUAGGCAUAAUUUGAUCAUUUCCUUACCAAAAAGUGCUUCCAUCGAUCCCAUUUGCCGUUCAAAAAUUCUUCGUAACUCCCUUUCCGAAACAUUCGCCGGCUGAGCAACGUCGGCGUUACUCGACUCCGAACAUGAAUCAUUUCCUCCUCCUUGCGCUCUUCCGCCGUUUCUUCUCCAAUCUAUGCGCGGAGGAGAGGGAGAGAGUAGGCGAUUCUGCUCUGGUGGUCGAUCGUGGUUGCGAGGAUGGUUCGAUCCGUGUGUGUCAUCCUGUUCCUCACCUUCAUCACCGUCGGCAUGAUGCUGGGUGCUUUCCUCCAGUUGUUACAAUUCUUGAAUUUGGAAAAGUCAUCUGGCCCUUCUCCCUGGGUGUCCAAUAAACAAUCUGCUUUCCUUCAUCUUGGUCUGGUAAAACCUGAAAUUCUCAGCUGGUCACCACGGAUUAUUCUUUUUCGUAAUUUCUUAACCAUGGAGGAAUGUGAUUAUCUUAAAACAAUUGCUGAGCCUCAUCUCCAAGCUUCUCAAGUGCAUGAUACUAAAACAGGGAAGGCAGUUACAAGUGAUAUUCGAACAAGUUAUGGUACCUUUCUAACACUUGGACAAACAAAAGUCUCAAUGAUUCAGGCUGUUGAAAAGCGGAUUGCUAUAUUCACUCAGGUCCCACAAGAAAAUGCAGAGCCGCUUUAUGUAAUUAGGUACCAACCCACCGAGUAUUACUUGAUACAUCAUGAUUAUCUGCCCGAAGAUGCACUAGGGAAGGGAGGCCAACGUGUAGCAACGAUGCUUAUGUAUUUAAGUAAUGUGGUAGAAGGGGGCGAAACAUACUUUCCAUUGGCAGGAUCUGGCAACUGCAGCUGUGGAGGUGUGACUGUGCAGGGACUGUGUGUCAAACCAAACAAGGGAGAUGCACUUCUUUUCUGGAACAUGGGCCUCAACGGGAAAGUAGACCCAAAGAGCCUUCAUUCAGGCUGCCCCGUUCUUAAAGGGGAGAAGUGGACAGCCACGAGCUGGAUGAGUCAGGAAGUGCGAGGGGCUUUUGGAAUACCAUGAAGCCAUGGACUUCUGAUGCAUUCAAACGAUCCUCUACGGCAAAUUAGUAGUGCUCAACGUCGAGCAACUCUUUGCUUAAACUCAAUAUCUGAUGAAAGAUCCACCAUGAGUCAACAAUAUAAUAGCAACUUUAGUCAUUGCCUGGCCUUCUUCCACUCAAAUAACAGGACAUCACCCAAUAGCUAGCUAGGUAACUCCUCUACGCGGAAAAAGAAAGAAUACGAAGUAUAUGUAAUUUGUUUUUUUUUUAUAUUAUUAUAUAUUCAAUAGAUUAUUAAAUCAUUUGAUUGAUGAUUUAAAGAUGUCAUAUUUUCCAAAGCAUAUAUAAUUGUGUUGUCAAGACGUCUUGUUUGACUUUUUCUCGUCUUUGGUGAGAAAAAGAAGAGAGAAAAAAAAAUACCAUAGGGUCCUCUUCUUUGUUGAUCAA